AUGAAUAGGCCAAAGAGCCUCGUCGUCGCCGUGCUGGCCACAAUCUUGGCGUCGUCCCGUUUUGGUGUAGAAGCCGCCAAGCAAUGUUACUACCCAAAUGGGAACAUCGCGACCGACGAUUCGCCAUGUAAUCCAGACGACGACGCAAGUUCGUGCUGCGGCGGGACAUCGGGUGCCCAAUGCCUGUCAAACAACGUUUGUUUAAAUCCAGGAGGCAAUGUCGUGAGAGGAACCUGUACGGACCAGAACUGGAACUCGGUGGAAUGCCCUCGGUUCUGUGUGCUCAACCCCAAACUCGGCCCCGAUCUUAUCUCUUGCUCCAACGUCACCAACACCGACACCUCCUACUGCUGCGACCACGACCCAGGUCCCUGCUGCGACUCCGGCAACGGCCGUUUCGACAUCUUCCCUUCCCAUCCCGAGGUUCUCGCGCGCUGGGACACAGAGUUUAGACUCUUCACUGCCGUUCAACAAACCACGUCCUCUUCCUCUUCCUCUUCCUCCUUGUCCUCCACCACCACCACCCCAUCCGCGACCAGCACCCAAUCCCAGCCUCACUCUUCCCACCCUACUUCAUCACCCACCACCGGCACCACCGGCACCAAACGCCCCGUCGAAACAACCCCCUCUUCCUCCACCUUCCCUCAAUCCUCCUCUUCCUCCCCACCCAGCACAGGCCUCUCGACAGCCGCAAAAGCCGGCAUCGGCGUCGGCGCCGCCCUCAUAGGCCUAGCCCUCAUCGCCCUCGCCUUCGUGUUCCUCAACCGCCACAAUAAGAAAAAGCGUCAGCUCCUCGCAGAGAAGGACCAGUCGCACCUGCAGCAGCAGCAGCAGGGACAGUACGGAGCACAAGGCGGACAAGUGUAUUAUGAAGCGGAAGGCGGGCAAAGCGGCUGGUACGGGGCGCCUGGGCCUGGGCAGGUCUGGGCGACGAAGCUGCCGCGGGAGAUGAAUGGGAAUGGGGACAGGCAUGAGUUGUAUACCGAGGAGAGGACUGCGGAGUUGCCGUCGCAUUCGUCGCAUUCUUGGAGGGGUUAG